AGCCCCCCGGCCACUCGGCGCCGCCGCCUGUGCGCGAGCUCCGCCUCCUUCCGCGGCCCCUGGGGCUGUGAGUCGUCGCAGACGCCAUUUCCUCAGCGCCCCCGCGGCGGCGCGGCUGCAUCAGCGCUGACGUGAGAGCGACGCGCGACUCCGCCCGGCCCAAUCCCCCCCACCCCCUGUGACGGGGGCAGCACGUACAGGGCGGCGGUCCGAUGACCAUGGAAAUGGUCGAAUCGCAGCAGGAUGAAAAUGCGGUGGAUUCUGUGCCAGAUAGAGAUACUGUUCACAAUCGGAGUCAGCCAGACAAACGUGAGGUUUCCUCAGUAUCUCAGGUUUCUGUAACUGCAUCAAGUGCUGGAAGAGGAUCUCCAGCAUUAUCUCUAGAGCAGUUGCCUUCUGGUCAAACUGUUCAUGCCCAGGGUGUCAUUCAAGCCACACAGUCAUCAGUCAUUCAGUCACCACAAAUGCAAGCUGUUCAGGUAGCAUCGAUUGCAGAUGACUCUGCAGAAUCAGAAGAGAUAACUGAUACUCAGAAACGUAGGGAAAUACUUUCAAGAAGGCCUUCGUACAGAAAAAUUUUGAAUGAACUCUCUUCAGAUACUCCUGCAAUCCCAAGGAUUGAAGAAGAAAAGUCAGAGGAAGAAGGAGCUGGAAUUUCUCCACUGUCCAUGCCAAGCAGCCUGUAUCAUUCUAGCACAGGGCAAUUCAUUGCUAUAACUCCAAGUGGUACAAUCCAGAUUUCUAGUCCACCUUCUGAUGGUGCCCAGGGACUGCAGACGUUAACAAUGACAAAUUCAGGAGCUCCUCAGCCGGGUGCUACCAUUGUGCAAUACACAGCGCAGUCAUCUGAUGGUACACAACAGUUUUUUGUUCCUGGAAGCCAACUUGUUGUUCAAGCUGCCACUGGAGACAUACCAUCCUACCAGCUUCGGACUCCCACUACUAACUUACCUCAGGGAGUGGUAAUGGCAGCCUCACCAGCGGCUCUGCACAGUCCUCAGCAACUGGCAGAAGAGGCAACGCGCAAGAGAGAGCUGCGACUUCUGAAAAAUAGGGAAGCUGCUAAAGAAUGUCGACGUCGGAAGAAAGAAUACAUAAAAUGUCUGGAGAGUCGUGUUGCUGUGCUAGAAGUUCAGAACCAGAAACUUAUAGAGGAGCUUGAAACCCUUAAAGACAUUUGCUCUUCCAAAGCAGAUUAGUACAAAUAUUUAUUAUACUGUGAACUGACUAAAAUAUGUCCGGUUGCUUUAUAAGGCAAUACAUGGCCAACAUGAAUUAUGGCUUUCUCUGUGUCAUUUAUAUUAUAUUCCAACUUCUAACAUUCCUGAAAUGCUUUCCUGCUUUUUGUCAAUUCAUAGCUUUACUUACAGGUUUUCCACGUUCCACCCUUCCGCCUCCCAAGGAGCCAAAUGGUUAAAAAAAAAAAAAAAAAGUAUCAAAGUGAAAAAAACCAUCAUUUCUAAGAGCUGUUUCUUCUCCAUGUAUUUACAUACUCCUUUUUACAUGUACUGCUAGUGACCUGCACAUAUAAAAUAUUUUACAGCUGUUUCAAAUGAAUCAUAAAGAUAAUGCAUCCGGUAAUACAAGAAAAAUCAAAUAACCCAAAGUAUCUCAGGAAAGAGUUUAUAAAAGAAUGUUAUGAUUACAUGUAUGUACUAGCAUACUGGUCUACAAAUGAUUUUAUGACAUAUUUUUAUAUUAGUUGCUUUGUGGAAAGAAAAAGUAUUGUAUUGCUAUCACUGAGUGCCAUGGCUAAAAGAUAGUUUUUAAUAGAAUGAUGUUGUUUAACCCGUGUAGCGUCUGAUUUCCUUUAAACAUCUGGUUAUUGGUGAUGCUUUUAAACCUGUGAGAGUUUGGAGGGGGAGCUAGAGAACAGAAACUCCCUGACGUGAUGCUAAAUAUAUUGCAAGUAUCUGAAAACGCCUCUGUUACAUGGCUGCUAUUCACUUAUAUUUUCUGUAGUCUGUGAAACAUUUGGUUUAUUAGAAGUCUAUGUAUAAAAAUUCAACUUUGCAUCCUGAAUAAUUUAGGUUUAGGACAGUUGUAGGCAGCUACCUAUACUGAAGGAUGAUGAUGCAGUUCUUUUUACAUUUUCUGCAAAGUACCAAGGGGAAGUAAAGAUGACUCAAGGAAGGAAGCUUUCCAAUAAGGAGUAGCUAUCUGCUGAUUCGUGGGGUUCCAGAAUAACCUGUAGGUGAGAGCUGAACUUUUUUUUUUUUUAAAAAUAAAAUUAUGCUUAAGCCAGAUUACAGUUUUAGUAAAUGUGGUGUGCCAGCUGUUCAUUUUGUCAAUUGCUUCCGAGUUUUUCUUUAUUUCAGAAAUAAUCUCAUGCUUGUUAGCCUGUACAGUCGAUGAGCAGAGUAUUUGGGAGCUUUGCUGGAACUAGCAGCACCAUUGCCAGUGCUUAGUUCCUGCUUAAAUGGGGAGGUGUGUGGGCUGAAGCAGGGGGAUGGAAUUCUGCCAUUACUAAAAUCAAUAAGAUUUCUUCACUUAAUUGAAACUGACUUCACAUUUAACCCAGUCCUUCCUGAUUCUGCUUGGGGUGUGUGGAGAGGAAUUUUUGUUUUUUUUUAAAUCUUGUUUUCUGGCACUUUCCCAAAUUACUUGAAAUAAACAGGAUAACUUUCUCAAAACCUUUAGAAAAUCCCAUUAGGCACUUCAGUGAGACCACUUGUAAGAAGAGGUAGUAUCUCUCUUUUCUUGCAGCUACAACAGUUGAUUAAAGAAGGAAGCAGACUGGCUUUUGGACCCACAAGCUCUGCUUCAGGUCUGGAACCAAAAUGAAGUAAAAUGCAAAAUAUCCAUUUCACUGUGAUAACUCAUCCUAAGUGCUAAAGUCAGCAGAAGGGUCAAUGUUUCUGUUAGAGAUGGUGGAUCGGAUGAGUAUGAGCUGUUCAGGUCUUUGUUGCGGCCUCUAGCCUCAACAAAAGUGUCCAACAAAUUGUUUAUUGUGCCUCUGUCACUAGAAUCUGUUUUCUGUUACAGGUAGGCAUUGUUGCUGACUCUCUCAAGGAAUUUGGAAACUAACUGGAAGAAAACUUGGGCAUCUACUCCAUACAUAUAUGGUCUACACUAAAUUCUUUCCUAAUGCUUUUAAAACAAUUAAUAUGUAUUUUUUUAUUUAAAUAAUUUCUUCGGGGGAGCUGAAAAGAAGGUUCUGUUAAUAACUAAGCUAAACUGAAAUGUUCUUGGUGUGAGUUAGGUCAUUCUGGAAAGUCCAUUUUGUUUAUUUAUCACUACCAGGGAAAAGUAUCGUGUUUCAGAAAAGUCCACUGCACAAAACCUGCCUCAUUUAGACUUCGACUAGGGGAAAAAAAAAGUUUGACGCAUGCUUCUUUCAUUUUAAGUAAUUUGGCCUGGUCAAUCGUUGUUGACAGAAUUACCAAAACACUUCUGUAUUUUGAAGUGAGAAUGCAUGAGUUUGUUGGUGAGUAAGAAUAUUUAUGUUUGGUAAAUUAGAACCAAGGUGCAUCUUGUGGUAAAGGAAAGAAACUUGUAAAUGAGCAAAAGAAGGCCUACACAAACGCCAGGAAUCUUGAAAAAUUGAAAUUGACACUGGAAAAGUAGAGUACUUAGCAGUAUGUCCAGUUUUGAGUUGAGAAAUGUGCAGUGAAAACUUUGAGAUUCCCUAAGGCUAAAGGAAGAUUUGAAGGAAAGCUCAAAGUACCUUUGGCAUUUGUCAGAAAAGCAAUACCAAAAUUGUAUGUGAGACUGGACUGCAGGAGCCUGGGUCUCUGUUCAAGCAAUUGAAGUGGUAGGAUGUAUGGUAGGGUUUAUGAAUGAGUUCAGAUUGUAGGGAAACACAAUAUCCAUGACUGUUGUGGUUCAUGUGAGUACCCCAGCUUGCCCUCUAUCCUCGUUUUAAUUCUUCAGUUCUCUGUUGAACCAGACUUUGGGUUGAGAGGAGGAAAGAAAAUGGAAGGAAGAUUUGAUCUCUUCAGUGCUUUGUCUUUGCACAGCAGCAUAGGGAAGCAUGUGUGAGUCCAGUGGACUUGAACGCUUUCAUUCUUGUAUGUAGUGAAGUACAUCAGUAAUGUUCAUCUGGAUUCACAUAAGCUUGUUUCCAAAACCAACAGUUUGUCCAGAAAAAGAAAAAAAAACUACAUCAUUUUGCCCUUUUCUCAGUGGGCUGAGCUGAGAGCAGCUUUAGGUUUUCAUUUUCCGUGUCUUAUCUAUAACUUUACAAUCAGGGCAACAGUUGCCAGGUAAGUUACAUUUAGAGAAGUCUAUUUAGAAAAAAUGAGGUAAAAAAUCUCCCUUAGAUUUGUCUUCCCCUGAAAUUUAACUUUGGAUUCUGAAAUAGUAUACCUGAAAAGUCAAGCCAUCCCUUUGCAUACGACUGUUGGUGAUUGCCAAAUUAUACGCAAUUCUGAUUUUUCCAAUUACUCCAGAUUUAAAUGUUUAAAGCAAAAUAUUGUGUACAACAUGGAAUGAAACAAAGAAAGAGGGUCGCUUACUUUCAUUGAAAGACUUUGCUCUAAAACUGCCAAGUUACUCCUCCCUAGUAGCAGAGGAAAAUACCAACAAAGGAUUUCAAUUCGCUUUAGCCUCUUUUUCAUCUUUUUAUACUUCUCAGAGAAGGCACACAGGACCCCUCAUGCCUACUUUGGUUCCUUCAGCAGCACAAAUGCCCAGCUGUUUAAUUAUGAAACUCUUUCAUGAGGCCUCUGAUAACAGUUUACCCCAAUGCAGUUUUUGCAAUGGAAAGCUUUUUGUAUGUUGAGCUGCCUGAAUUAAUAUUUCAGAUUUCCUGUGCCUCAGAUCUUGGUUGAACUGAUAUCAUUCCUGUGACAACCAGAGAGUGUGCAAUCAGUAACAAUCUUUUCCUCACCAAAUUUAUGGUAUUAAUUCAAAUUUUUUUUUUCAGUAUGGUAAUCCAUUCUGAUCCAAUAAAAAUCAAGCCAGCUAAGUCUGACUUUCUUCUAAAUUGAAUUGGAAGUAUCUGCUGUCCUCUUCUGUACCAAGGAUUGUUUAAUUACCUCCUUAUCACAGAAUCCAUCACCACAGAGGUUUGAUGACUGUUAAUAAGGGAGACUCCUUUCAAAUAUGCCUUGACCGCAAGGUCAGAAACCACCUUCUGUCUCCUACCAUAUGAUUUGUUGAUUUUGUUGCUAUUUUCCACAAUCGCAUGCUGUUUUUACUUU